GGGAGGGGAGAGGAUGGGGGUGCUUUCUCUCUGUGUCCCAAACAAAGUGUCACAAAGAGCUCGGCCCGCGGCAGCCGCGGAGGCGGCUGUAACUCCGCUUUUGUUCUCCUGGCCCGGGGUAGCUGAGCUCUGGCCUCCCUAUCUCCCAACCCUGCCCCCAUCCUCCUCCUGGAUUAUUUUCCGCGGGUGGAGUGUGGGGUGUGCUGGUGGAGUCCCUCGUGGGAGAUCCCAGGUCCUGCUCCGCUUGCCUCCCGGUUUUUGAGAGGGGUAUUUUCCCAGGGGGUCUCCUACGCCCACCUCCCAGCCUGAGAACUGAGGCUCGUACAGGCACCAACACUGACUUUUUAUGGGCCAGCUCUAGUUAAAGGGACUUAAGGCUGUAUAUAUGCACCCCCCGCCCCCCAAUCCAGGCGCCUUCAGAACUUUCAGAAUCGGGGUCAAGUUAGGACAUGCUAGAACAUGGGUCUAGGAUAAGAUUGUGUGUGUGUGUGGGUUGUACCUCCCUCUCACCUCUCGAUAGUUAUUUGGGAGCCCAUGACUGAAAUUUCAUGCCCCCCUAUCCCUUUUCCAAGAACUCACUCCGAAAAGGUGUCAAGGUUCAGUGUAGUGUGGGGUUGUAGCCGCUCUCAGCAGUGAGGGUCAGGGAGCCAGGGAGACUCUGAAAGUGAGUUGUUACCAUGUGUGUGUUCUCCAGGUGGUCUUGACUCUGGACAGUCUAAUAAGCCCCUUUUCCAUUUAAUCUCAUCUGUCGAAGUGGUUCAUAUUCAUUAGCUAAUUUAGGAGAGGGGAGAUUGCCAAAAAGGAAAGAAAAAAAAAAAAUCAUGUGUUGGGGAUGACCAGAGGCAGAGGCCUACUUACAGCUAGGCCCCAGGGACCCUGAUCCUUUGCUACUGAACACUUGACCUUAAAAUAUUUCGAAUCACAAGAUUUGGGGUGGGGGCGGGGGAAUCUUCUUGGUCCUUGUUCUGUAAGUCUUCACCAUCCGUGUCCCCCCCCCCCCCCCCCGGAAGGUUUGGUGGUCCAUACCCUUUGCCUCAGCUCUCCUAGCAUGUAAAAGUAAUUGGCCUGUUGCUUUGGAAAUAUUUCUAAUUUGUAACGCCGGUCCUGCAUCUCUGCAAAAAUACAAACAGGAGCAAGAUAACCCCUGACUCCCUCUGGGUGUGGAAAGUAGGUCAGUGCUACUCUCUGGCCAAGGCUCAGGGGUGGUGUUUAAGCCUUGAGUAUAGAAAAAUGUGAGGAUUGUCCACAGACAAUGCAUGUCUGACUUAGGUUCCAAACCGGGUCACAGACUCUGUCUCUGUUGGUGCUCUUCCCUAUUGAGAACAAUUUAUGAGAUCUGGUGCCUGAGACCUGGUUUGAUGGAGAGAUACGGAAGCCAUCUUGACUGGGCCUAGGAGGUCUCGGUGGAUUUUACUGAUUUUAGGCCACCUUCUGGGAAACUGCCCCUGAGGAGAAAUUCAGCUUCUAUUUGUGCCUUCUCAUGUGUCGCUGCUUUCUGGAAACUGCUACAUGCAAAAGUGUGGGGUUUGUUGUUGUUCAGGGGAGGAAGCCUUGCUCUGUUUCUGCUCUUUUUGCCUCAGAUAUUAGGCCAUUUUCCUAAGAGACAUUUUGCUUGGUGUUUUACAGGCAGUUUUAGAGGCCCUAGAAUCUUCUCAGGAUCAGAAUAUGUGCCCAUAGGUUAGUCAGCUAUGACCAUGCAGUAUUCACACACACACACCACACACACACAUACACACCCCUCCCAGCCAUCUGCUUCCUCUGAAUAUACCAGAUUGGCUGUACACCAGGAUGUUCCGGGAAUCCCCAGGAAAGCAACAGAAUGUGAUGGACUCAAAUACGAUGCCUCAGUAACUCAUUCCAGGAUGUACAAACUGUAACUGUUAUGACAUUCUGUAUAGCUAAUUAAAAAUUUUCUAGGUAUGUGUAUUUUCCAUUCUAUUCUCAAUGACAUCCAAAAGGCCAAAGUAAUUCCUCUGAUACCUACCCCUCCAUAGCUUCUCUGAUACUCCUCCAUAGUUCAUAUAGGACUCGCCCCCCCCCCCAUUCACUAGUUUCUGUGUCCUCUCUAUGGUGCUAAAAUGGCCAAUGUGGCCUCUCUAGCACUUCCUAGCUGUCUGUGAUACCGAGGUAGCCAAAGUGGCCACUCUAGUAGCCCACUGCACUCUCCAUGGUACUGAAGGAAUGGCCAUUUGUUUUCACUUCUCUUGGGGGGUGGGGGGGGCAGAAGAGUCUUAUGACUUUAAAAACCACACAACUUUCAAGUUGGCAGGGACUGCAAAUGUAAAUUUAUUAUAACUCAUUUCAUAGACGGUAAACUGAGAGAGUAAGUGAUUUACCCAAGGUUGUAAGACACAGGCUUACAAUAGCCCUGUACCCCUUAUAUCCACUCUAAUUCACCUGUAUGCAGUGAGCCUGGCCAGGCUAUUGGUGCCAAUUAAGGGCUUAUUUGGAGGCUCCAUGGGACAAGCCUGGAUGCCUGAAUCUGGACCUACAGAAACACACAUAUUAAGUGACGGUGGUUGUCUAGUGAUGCUUGGGCAGGGCAUUUUGUAACUUAUCUGUUAAUGCUCUCAAAGGUCAGAUUCUGCAUGUAACAGGUGUUUGCCCCUUCAGAGAGUCUUGCCACAUCCACUCAGCGUUGAAAAUUAAAGCUUUGAACCCCAGACUCUUUUCUUUGCUGAUAAAUAAGCAGGGCUAACUCCUGGCCCAGUUUGCUUCAAUUAAAGAUUUGUAAGUAAAGUAAUGCUUGAGUCCUUUUCUUUCUUAGUAACCCAUUUCAGUUUCAUAAUUCUCAUUGUAAGGAAGUUCUUUAUCAAAUAUUAUGUCUGAGGUUUUAAAAAAAAAGAAGCUAGGCCCAAGUUCAUUUAGCCUGAACAAGAUACAAUUCUACAUGGAAGGAGGCAGGUAGAUGGGAUGACUUCUGGUCAUCCCCUGAAGUCUAAUUCCAUGACCUUGUCAGCAGUGAAAUAUCAGGAGAACCUCCCCUCGCCACCCUCUCCCUCUCCUCUCCUCUUCCCUGCCCAAUACAGCACUUGUCAGGGAUAGGGAAUUUUAGAUGGAGAAUUUUAACCCCUUCCUGCUCGGAGCAUGUGUGGAUCCCCCUAUCUGUGCAGAUGGCAAGGCCCCGCCCCCCGUCCCUCACUCCAGCCUCUUGAGCUCCGAGCCAGUGUAAUCCUCCUCUUGUGUGAGGAAGCCUCUCCCCUGCAGAGAGGAGGAAAGCCUGCCUCGGAACAGCUCUGGACAAAGGGGCUGAGAUGCCCCGUCAAACCACAGCCUCCAAGCGCCUCCGCACCUGUUGCCUUCAUUAGCAGCUUUCCUUCCUCCUCCUUCCAAUCCUCAGAACCAAAGAAUGUGAAGGGGGUCCAUGGAGGGCUCACGUCCCCGCGUCUUGGUCGGCCACCUAGAGCCUCCCCCACCCGCCUUCGACGGCGAGCUGGAUCUGCAGCACUACUCCAACGGACCGGGUGUGAGCGCCGGCUCUCCUGGGAUGGGAGCAGUGGGCUGGACUGAGACUCGUGCAGGCGAACGGCGCUUCCCCUGUCCCGUGUGCGGAAAGCGCUUCCGAUUCAAUUCCAUCCUGGCUUUGCACCUGCGAGCCCACCCGGGCGCCCAAGCCUUCCAGUGUCCCCACUGUGGCCACCGCGCCGCGCAGCGGGCUCUGCUGCGCUCACAUCUCCGAACGCACCAGCCCGAGCGUCCACGAAGCCCUGCCGCACGGCUGUUGCUGGAGUUGGAGGAACGCGCCCUACUACGUGAAGCCCGACUGGGGAGAGCCAGAAGCUCGGGGGCCAUGCAGGCUACCCCUGCCCAGGCAGAGGGCCUGGCGCGCCCUCAGGUUCCUUCCUCGUCUGCCUUCCCUUGCCCUUUCUGCAAAGGCAAGUUUCGCACCUCGGCGGAGCGGGAACGCCACCUGCAUAUCCUGCACAGGCCCUGGAAGUGCAGCUUGUGCAGUUUUGGCUCCAGCCAGGAGGAGGAGUUGCUGCACCACAGUCUGACGGCCCACGGGGCUCCCGAGCGCCCCCUGGCGGCGACUUCUACGCCCGAACCCCAGCCUCCACCUCAGCCAGAACCCAGAUCUGCCCUUGAGCCUGAGACUGAACCUGAACCUAGGCCAGAGCCCGAACGUGAGGCGAACCCGGCCCCGACUCCUGCCCCUCUGGAGGAACCCCCUGCGCCACCUGAGUUCCGGUGCCAGGUGUGCGGCCAGAGCUUUACGCAGUCCUGGUUUCUCAAGGGUCACAUGCGCAAGCACAAGGCCUCCUUUGAUCAUGCGUGCCCCGUGUGUGGCCGCUGCUUCAAGGAGCCCUGGUUCCUUAAGAACCACAUGAAGGUGCACACCAGCAAGCUGGGUCCUUUGCGUGCCCCGGGGCCUGGCUCCGCGCCUGCCAGGGCCCCUCAGCCUCCUGACCUGAGCCUCCUGGCUUAUGAGCCACUGGGCCCUGCGCUCCUCCUGGCCCCAGCACCCACCCCGGCUGAGCGCCGAGAGCCCCCGAGCCUCUUAGGCUACCUGAGUGUACGAGCUGGGGAGGUACGGCCCAAUGGUGAGGGUGCCGACCCUGGAGCUGGCCGAAACUAUGGAGGAUUCCGCCCGCUGCCUUCAGCUCUUCCCAAUCGGGCUCGGCGACACCGCACCGAGGAACCAGAGGAGGAAGAAGAGGUGGUGGAGGCGGAAGAGGAGAGCUGGGCCCGGGGCAGGUCGCUGGGCACUCUGACUAACCUGCACCCCCACCCAGGUGAGGGGUCAGGACAGUCUGCACCUGCCGUGGGGGCCCAGGCAAGAUCUACGGCCACCCAAGAAGAAAAUGGGCUGCUGGUUGGAGGGACCCGAAACGAAGCGGGCCGUGGGGCCACUGGCAAGGAUUGCCCGUUCUGUGGAAAAUCUUUCCGCUCUGCGCAUCACCUGAAAGUGCAUCUCCGCGUGCACACAGGUGAGCGUCCCUACAAGUGUCCACACUGCGACUAUGCAGGUACCCAGUCGGGCUCGCUCAAGUACCACCUUCAGCGUCACCACCGAGAGCAGAGGAGCAGUGCAGGUCCGGGGCCGCCUCCAGAACCCCCGCCCCCUUCCCCGCGGGGCGCAGCCUCACUGCAGCAGCAGCAGCAGCAGCAGUCGGGAGCCAAGCCAACUCAGGCCUCUGCCACCUGGGUGGAGGGCGCUGCAAGUACCCGGCCUCCGAGCAGCACCGGACCAGGGUCCCGUAGGAAGCCUGCCAGCCCUGGGAGGACCCUGCGCAACGGGAGAGGUGGUGAGGCUGAACCCCUGGACCUGUCCCUCCGGGCAGGCCCGGGAGGUGAGGCCGGGUCAGGGGGUGCCCUUCACCGCUGCCUCUUCUGCCCCUUUGCCACCGGAGCCCCUGAGCUCAUGGCCUUGCAUCUGCAAGUACAUCACAGCCGGAGGGCUCGGGGCCGCCGGCAGCCCCGAGCUGACACGUCUCCGCCCUAUGUCCGAGCAGCGUCGGGAGAGACGCCUCCCAGCCCUCCCCUAGAAGAGGAGGGCAGUCCCGGGCUGUCUAGAUCUGGAGAGGCAGGUCUUGGGGGGCAAGAACGGUAGGAGGGAGCCCUCAUAGACUCUGAGUGAUUAGCUUAGUAAGCUUACCCCGCGGGAGCGGGGAAGUGCUAGAGGUAGUUGGGUAGAGCAGCCAGCAGGGAGCAGUGUGGGACCCGUAUCCCAGCCCAAGGUGGACCAAGAGGUAAAGCGGGCAGUGGGUGAAGGAGGGUGGGCAAGCAGUACCCCCACCCAGCCCAGGGGAGUCACAGUGCCUUAGAAGUGGCAGAGGGGAGGGUCAAAGAGCGGGGUCCUAGGGCUGGUAGAGGAUGUGUUCCUGGUGAGGGGCCACUCUGCCAGUUUCUGCUGGUCCAUAGGCACGAGAGUUUAUUUUUGUAUAAGGGGUGGGGGUGGGGGGCACUGUACCCUUCUAGCCCUGUCAGGGGCCCUGUAGACGUUGCUAUUUUUGGUACGAUUCCUGUCAUCCCUGUUGAAGAGUCAUGUCCCCAAUAAACAGGUGUCUUGAGGCACAAGG